AUUGAAAAGCUUCUGUUUGUGUUGUGGUUGAACAAAAAUAUUUUGCUCUCUAAUUUUCGUGAUUUGUGUGGAAAAUACUGCGAAAAACUUCCUGAAAGUGAGUGAAUUUUCGCGAGAGAAGAACAAUGCUUCGCCGUCGAGGUUACGAUGAUGAAGAUAUGCCGGGGGCUCCUCCAGCUGAACGGGGACGCAAACGCCGCCGUGUUUCGGAGUCUCAGGAGGUGGAGGAUCGUCUGGAGAGUUUAAUUAUUCGCGUUGGAGAGAAAAGUACGGCUUCUCUCGAGUCCAAUCUCGAGGGUUUGGUGUCCGUGCUUGAGGCAGAUUUGGGAGCUUUCCGUGCGAGGAUUUUGCGCAUUCUGUCUGAUUGUGCUAUCCGGAUGCCGGAAAAAUGUACAAUUUACACGACUCUCGUGGGAUUGUUGAAUGCAAAGAAUUACAAUUUUGGCGGGGAGCUGGUGGAUUUCAUUGUGAAGACAUUCAAGUCCAGCUUGAAGAUGUGUCGUUGGGAUGCUGCACGGUAUUCCCUGCGCUUCCUUGCGGAUCUUGUGAAUUGCCACGUAAUUUCGGCCACAUCGCUCCUCCAGCUUCUGGACAAUAUGGUGGAUGUCAGCAAUGAGGAUACCGUGCCACAGGUGAGGCGGGAUUGGUAUGUUUUUGCCGUGCUGUCGACCCUCCCGUGGGUUGGGAGGGAUUUGUACGAGAAAAAGGAGACUGCUUUGGAGAGUCUUCUCGUGAAGAUUGAAGUUUUCCUCAAUAAGCGCACGAAGAAGCAUCACAAUUCCCUCCGGGUGUGGUCUGUGGAUGCUCCACACCCGCAGGAGGAGUACUUGGAUUGUCUCUGGGCACAAAUAAGGAAGUUGCGUCAGGAUAAUUGGGCUGAGAAGCAUAUCCCUCGCCCCUAUUUGGCAUUCGAUUCAAUUCUCUGCGAAGCUUUGCAGCAUAAUUUGCCCGUAAUUCAUCCUCCAUCGCACCAGGAGAGCAAUGUCUACCCAAUGCCGUGGGUAGUUUACCGGAUGUUUGACUACACUGACUGCCCCGAUGGGCCAAUUCUUCCCGGAGCUCAUUCCAUUGAGCGCUUCCUCAUUGAGGAGCAUCUUCAUCAUAUAAUUGAGACGUAUCACUGCGAGCGCAAAGACUGUGCCGCCCAUUUGCUCAAUUUCCCCUACAAGAGCAAGAUUCCCCUCGAAUAUUGCAUUGUUGAGGUCAUCUUUGCUGAACUCUUCCACAUGCCGACUCCACGAUACCUCGAAAUCUGCUACGGGUCCAUUCUCAUUGAACUCUGCAAGCUACAGCCGGCUACAAUGCCCCAAGUCCUUGCCCAGGCCACGGAGAUUCUCUUCAUGCGCAUUGACUCCAUGAACACAUCGUGCUUCGAUAGAUUCGUCAAUUGGUUCUCCUACCAUCUCAGCAAUUUCCAAUUCCGCUGGUCCUGGGACGAUUGGGACAGCUGCCUACUCCUAGAACCCGAGCAUCCACGUCCAAAAUUCAUCCAGGAGGUCCUCCACAAGUGCCUCCGUCUCUCCUACCAUCAGAUGAUCAAGGAAAUGAUGCCCGAGACGUAUUCACGGCUCAUUCCCGUGGCCCCGGAGCCGAUCUACAAAUACUCCGCCGAGGGCGCCGGUAAGUUCCGCAUUCAUAUUUUCUUCUUUUUUUUUCUUUUGUUUUUGUCUUUGUCCGUCCCAGCAUUCAAUGCAAAUGGACCCAACAAGAUGGAAAAUGAGCCAUUUGAUUGCCAUGGUGAAAUAUAUUUUGCGCACUACUGAUGCAAUUGAUACGCUUCUGACUAAUUUUCUUCCGACUGUUUUUUUAUUGAUGUUUUAUUGAAUAAUUUGGUAUUUGCGGUAUUUGAGAGUGGGAAUGGGGGGAUUUAUUACGUACUCUGUUAAAGUUUUACCUAGAAAAAUCAUCUUUGUAUUUAAUUUUGGGAGUUUCUGCGAAUAGGAAUUUUUUAUCUUGAAAGAGAAAAUGAAAAAAAAAAAAGUAUUUGAAAAUUCCACAAGUCCCAUAAAUACUUUCUUAAAAAAUUAUUAAUUCUUUUUCAUUUAUUUAAAAUUAUAAAUUAAAAUGAAAAAUUCGUUAAGCUUGCUAUUUUUUUAAUUCUUCAAGUACCAUAAAUACCUCAAAUCCUUUAAAGAAAAAGGAGUUUAAUUUCACUAAUUUUUUCGAAGAAAAAAGUAAUUUUUACAAUUGAUCUCUAAAAUCUUGAAUUAAAGGAAAUUCUUUAAAUCCUGUAAGUAUCACAAAUCCCAUAAAUACUUUAAAAUUAAAUUUUUGGGGAAAUCUGAUUUUCUUUUAAUCGUUUUAAAUAAUUCUUUAAAAAUUUUCAAAAUUCGUUAAGCUUACUAUUAUUUUUUGUAAUCCUUCAAGUACCAUAAAUACCUGAAAUCCUUUAAGGAAUAAAUUCUGAAAAUAUAACUUUCGUUAGAGAUUGAUUUCACCAAUUUAUUUUUAAAGAAAAGAAAAUAUUUUUCAAUUGAUCUCUAAAACCUAAAAUUAAAAAAAAAAAAUUUAAAUCCUGUAAUAGUACUCUGCGUUGAUACCACUGCU